AUGAGUGCAAGCCAAACUUCAAAUCCGGCAUCUUUUCAAUCUUCAGUGGGAGUAACGUCAACGGAAGAAUUAGCCGAGAAAUAUCAAAAAUUAUUUACAGAAUUUUCACGGAUAAAAGCACAACACUCUGUUCUUAAGAAGGCUGUUAUUAAAUCUUUGCAACAAUUAGAUUUAUUAACUUUUCAUAACCAACGUCUAACAAAGCGGAUUGAAUGUUUGCAAGAACCGACUACUUUGGUAAAAAGACUGUCGCCUGUAUGGUUGAUGGGUUCAGCGAAAAAAGAGCUUGAAAAAUCAAAGACAACUUUAGAAACAAUUAGUAAAGAGCUUCAAAGAAAGAUUGAAGAGAAUGAAAAGUUGCACAAGGAAUUGUUCGAUGUCAAUAGUACUUAUGCUGAACAUGAGAAUGAUCUUAAAGAAAAAAUAUCAAAGUUAGAGAAAUUUAAUGAAGAAAUUCAGUUAGAGUUAAAAAGAUCAGGUGAUGCAUCAGAAGAAGCUUUAAGUACGAUAAGACGAGAGAAAAGCGAACUUGAGAAUGAACUUGAUCAGACUAAAAAUGAUCUUCGAAUAACAAAAUCUUUGAUAGAAAGAAAUGAACAGAAUCUAAAAAAAAGUGAUGAUUAUAUACAAGCAGAGAUUGAUGCGUUAAAAGAAAUAUUAUUUAUUAAUCUUGGUUUAACACAUGAGGGAGAUAACGGCAUUCAAUUUAAUGAAUUGGGUGAUAAAAUGGAUCCUGAAUCAAGAGAAAUUAUUGCAAGUUUUAAACAAUUACAAUCUAGUGCAAGAGAUUAUCUAAAGUCGAUCAAAGAUAAAUCCGGUAAAUCACAAGAACUUGGCUUAAAAGUUAAAAAAGCAAGUCAAUCAUGGCAAAAUAGCUUACAACUUUUGGCAACUAAAUUAUCAAACGCUCAAGAGUUAACAACGGAAAAAGAAAUUCUUGUUAAAACUAACGAAGCUGAUUCAAAUAAAGUUACAAAUUUGGAAGCUGAAAUAAAUAGACUCAAAGAAGAAUUGGCAAAACAAAAGGAAAAUGUAUUAUAUACAGAAAAAGGUUUUAAUGAUAGUGAAGACGAAGAAUAUACGAUGAUUUCAGGUGAAAAUGAAAAUGAAGAAUCUUUAUCGUCAUCUUUUUCAUUAUCCAAGAAGAAGAGCAACAAUAAUAUUAGCGAGAAUAGCAAUCAUCAUAGACAACUACAACAAAAAAGUUCUUUGGAUGGAAAUAAUGAGGAUGAAUAUUUAGAAGUUAAAAUGGAAGAUGAUCAAUCAAAUAAUAUUUCAAUUACUAGUAAUAAUGAAGAUGAUAAAGACGGCCAUAAAGUUGAUGCUGUUGAUGAUGAUAAAGUAGACGAUAAACAAACUACUAUUGAUGUAGAUAUUGUUGCUAGAGGUAUUUACUUGGGCUUUUUUGGAAUGGUUUUUUGGUUGUAA